AUGUCUUUUCAUUGUAUGUUGAAAAAGACAAAAAUUAGAUUACAGCUUUUAUCAGAUUACGAGAUGUUGUUAAUGUUCGAAAAAGGUAUUCGUGAGGACUGGGGCAGGCGAGCAAGCGGUAUGCGACGGCAAACUAUAAGAAAGUUCCAGAUUAUGAUGCUAAGAAAGAAAAAUCGUAGUUGGUGUAUCAGGAUUGUAAUAAUCUCUAUGGUUACGCGAUGA